UGCGCUCCCGAGUCGCGUUACUCGGCGGCCGCCGCUCUUGGGUCUUCGUGCGUGCCGGCUGUUUCAAGCAUCAAAACAAACUCCUCGCCCGCGAUCAGCCCGGAGCAUAUCGAAUAAUCUAGCCGACGUACACACGCCAGCAGCACGACAUGAGCCGCAGGAAAAGAGCGAAGGUGGAAUACAGAGAAAUGGAGGAAAAGUAUAAUCAGUUGGAGGAUGAGAAUGCCUCGGACACGUCGGAGAAAUCGAAAACUGGCCUCGUGACACCCGAGAAGAAGGCGCCCAUGGAGGUGAAAAAGGAAUCCGAGUCCGCAGUGCCUGCUCCUGUACCUUCUGUCUCGAAAACUGAGGUGAAGGAAGAGGAUGAUCAGGAUAGCGGCCACGAAGAUCCACAUGUGAAGGAAUUGUUAAAUGGAUUGGAAGGCGCAGCCUUUCAAAGCCGUCUUCCCUUCGAUAAAUUGACAUCCACCGAGGCCGCGUGUUUCCCGGACAUCUCCAGUGGACCACCGCAGACGCAGAAAGUGUUCUUACAUAUUAGGAAUAGACUUUUGCAAAUUUGGCUGGAGAAUCCGAAACAGCAGUUGAUCGUUGAAAAUGCAUUGCCGCAAAUUGAAUCGCCUUAUAAUAGUGAUAUGGUGCUCGCUCGUAGGAUUCAUGCCUUCUUGGAGCGACAUGGUUUCAUAAACUUUGGAAUUUUUAAACGUCUUAAGCCCUUACCAAGCAAAAAAUUAGGUAAAGUUAUUGUGAUAGGGGCUGGUAUUGCUGGAUUGGCAGCAGCUCAACAAAUGCAACAAUUCGGUUUAGAAGUAAUUGUGUUGGAAGCUAGAGAUCGCGUCGGUGGACGAAUCGCUACGUUUCGUAAAUCAAAUUAUAUCGCGGAUUUGGGAGCCAUGGUGGUCACGGGUCUAGGUGGAAAUCCUGUUACGACUCUUAGUAAACAAAUUAAUAUGGAACUCCAUAAGAUACGGCAAAAGUGUCCGUUGUAUGAAAGCGACGGCCAAACGGUCCCUAAAGAUAAAGAUGAAAUGGUCGAAAGAGAAUUCAACAGAUUACUGGAAGCGACCUCUUAUCUUUCGCAUCAACUGGAUUUCAAUUACGUAAAUAGCGGAGGAUCUGGAGGGCAAGGUAGUAAUGCGCGUCCAGUGUCUUUAGGUCAGGCGUUAGAAUGGGUAAUACGUUUACAAGAACAAGGCGUAAAGCAGCGUCAAGUGGCGCAUUUGCGUUCUGUACUCUCGUUGCAAGGACGGUUAAUCACCAAUCAGCACAGAAUGAUCUCUAUUAUGGAUCGUUUAAUGGAAUUGAAUAAGCAAUACAAGGAAAUGACAGAGAGUAAAUUACCAAGUCGAGAUAUAACGCAGGAAUUCGUGCUCCGGUCUAAGCUGCGUGAUCUCCACAAUGCUUGCAAGGAGUGGGAUCAGUUAUCAGAUCAGCAAAAGGAAAUCGAAGCGAAAUUACAAGAGUUAGAGGCAUCACCGCCUAGCGACGUCUACUUAUCGUCCAAGGAUCGGCAGAUACUGGAUUGGCAUUUUGCAAACUUGGAGUUUGCCAACGCAACGUCCUUGUCAAACUUGAGUUUGAAACACUGGGAUCAAGACGACGAUUUCGAAUUUACCGGAAGUCACCUAACUGUUCGCAACGGUUAUUCUUGCGUACCUGUUGCUCUCUCGGAAGGACUUGAUAUUCGAUUGAACACAGCUACCAGGAUGGUGCGAUAUAUGCCAAAUGGCGUAGAAGUAUGGGCCUCACCCUCCCGCAGUCAGCACACAAAUCACACCGUUUAUAAGGCGGACGCCGUCCUGGUUACACUACCCCUUGGUGUCCUCAAGACUUCCGCACCACCUUCCGGAGUCAACUUCAAUCCGCCGCUUCCGGACUGGAAGGCUCAGGCCAUUCAACGGCUCGGCUUUGGCAAUUUAAAUAAGGUAGUGCUGUGCUUCGAGCGCAUUUUCUGGGAUCCAACGGCCAAUUUGUUCGGCCACGUGGGAAGUACCACCGCGUCGCGCGGCGAGCUCUUCCUGUUCUGGAACUUAUACAAGGCGCCGGUCCUGCUGGCCCUCGUCGCCGGUGAAGCGGCUUGCGUAAUGGAAAAUGUCAGUGACGAUGUUAUCGUCGGCCGUUGCAUCGCCGUACUGAAGGGUAUUUUCGGGAACCAGGUGGUGCCACAGCCGCGCGAAAGCGUCGUGACGAGGUGGCGGGCGGAUCCCUGGGCGCGGGGCUCCUACAGCUUCGUCUCGGUCGGCAGUUCCGGCAGCGAUUACGAUCUCCUGGCGGCACCCGUGUCACCGCCGCACCUGCUCAAUCAACCCCCGCUGCAGCCGAGGGUGUUCUUCGCAGGGGAGCACACUAUACGGAAUUAUCCAGCCACCGUGCACGGCGCGUUCCUCAGCGGCCUCCGUGAGGGUGGACGUAUAGCCGAUCAACUCUGUGGAAGUCCUUACGCGCCACCAACAAUGGCAGCUUCCGUUCCGCCAUCGACUGGGAUCACGCCAGCUAAUACCGGCAGCAGUUCGACGCCUUAAUGUUUCCACAUCGACUCUGCGAGCGAAGGAAGUCCGUGGUUGACCUUGCACGAGGAAGCUCUUCCUCGAGGCUCUACCGGAAAGAGAUACAAAUUCCCUGCGAUAAUUGCGAGUCAUGCGACAACUUGACGACCCGUUAGUUUGCCAUUAUUUCCGCAAUUGACAUGUGAUCAAUUUUCGAAGCAUCACUCAACUCGUUGCGAUUAAGUUCGAUUGAAAAAAUUAGCUCGAAACGGCAUUCGAUGAUUUUUAUACGCUCAAUUUUGCAUAACAUAUUAUAUUCGUCGAAUAUAUGUUACAUGUAUACGUGUAUGUAUACGUAUAUGCAAGUAUACAGCUCAAAUAUUUCAUUUAUCGUCAUUAUCAUUAUUCAUAUUCGUAUAUGUUCUUCUUAUAUAAUAAGUAAUGCUCCUCAUUACGGUUUCCCAAUUUUUUAAAUGUAAUUAUGCUUCCAUUAUUGACUUUAUCCAGCAUGAUUUGUGUCGAUUCACGUGGUUCGUUGCAUGUUUCCUUGUAACUUUGUACUCUUCUAUAAUUAAUAAGUAUUACUAUUAAUAUAAGUAUAUAUUGAAAUGGAAUAAAUACAAAAUAAACGAAGCGAUACUCUCAAAAUUGUGUAUAAAUUGUUUAUCAAUAUGAAAUGUAUUGCAAAAUGCUAUGAAGACGAAUUAUUUUGUGGCACAGUAUUACUUCGAUGGUAGAACGAACUGAAUAUAAUAAAAAUCUAAUUAUAUUCAUAUCAUGUUUGAUGUAGUAGAGAACGAAUUCACGUACACACGUGUGCGGUUUUUUAUGUAAUAUUAUUUUAUCAUGUACAUAUACAUAUAUACUAUGUAUACAUAUGUAUGUACGUAUAUGAUAAUUUCCAAAAUUUAAGUUUAUGAAAAUUGAUAGUCGAUAUAUGAUAGCUAUUGAAAUUUCGCCAGAUAUUCGUUGCAUUUAAUUUUAUACGCUUGAAUUAUUUUUAUCUCCAUAACGAGUGACUUUUAGGUUAUAAUCAAAUGUAAUUAUUAUAAAGUACGAUAUCACAGUUAUAAAUUUAUGAUAAAUUACAUUUUAAAGUAUUAUAUCGAAUGUAAUGUAUUGCAUUCCUGCGCAAAAUAAAGUGCAUACGUAUUUUUAUUUUAUUGUCGAAACCCUUUAUUUGACUACAGAAAAAGACGUAAUUACAGAUGUCUAGAAGUACAAUUAUAAAACUGUGUUACAGAUCUAAUUAUAAGAUUUAGCGCAUGUAUGUAACGGAGGAUUUAUAUAUAUUAAGAUGAAAAUAAUUGUAAUAUACGUAUAUACACAUAACGUUAAUAUCUAAUGGGAGUUAAUUUUUUGUGUCUGAAUUCUUUAUAUUUAUAUGGAAUUUUUAUUGAAUAUAAAUUUGCACCGCGGCACGAGAUCAAUGCACAUUAAUGCAGCGUCGUUAGAACAUAGGGCAGCGUUUAUUCGUGUAUCUAUAACGCGUUGAUAAAACUCGCUUCAUCUCGAUUUAUGUUAAUUGCCCGAAA